AGUUAAUAAAGUGGGACAUUUAUGACAUUCCAAGUUACAACUCGGUUGGAAAAAAGAUGAAUUGUUAUACUAUAGUAGCAAUUAGCAACUGAGAAAAUAGAAUGAAUGAAUAGAGUAAUUGCAGAAAGCAAAAGAUGUUGAUUGAUAUGUUACAAGAAGGGAAGAAGAUGAUGAUGGUGUUAGUAUAAAUUAGGAAUGCAUUCACAAGUGUGUCAGAUAUUUUAAGACACUGAGGACUGAGGUUUUCACUUCAACUUGCAAUAGUAUUCCAAGAAAUCAAAGAUUGCAACCAAUGGGAAGAGCCACAAGGUGGUUGAAGAGUUUGUUUGGGAUAAAGAGAGACAAAGAACACAAAAAUAAUUCAAGCACAAAAUGGACUCCACCUCCUCCUCCUCAUGCUUUUUCAGAGAGAGAUUCAAGAGGAUUGUGUCAUAAUCCAGCUACUAUACCCCCUAACAUUUCACCUGCUGAAGCUGCUUGGGUUCAAUCCUUCUACUCAGAAACUGAGAAGGAGCAGAACAAGCAUGCCAUUGCCGUUGCAGCUGCCACGGCAGCAGCAGCAGAUGCUGCCGUGGCUGCUGCUCAAGCUGCUGUGGCUGUUGUUAGGUUAACCAGCCACGGCAGAGACAGCAUGUUUGGUGGUGGACACCAGAGAUUUGCUGCUGUCAAGAUUCAAACCAUAUUUCGGGGUUACUUGGCAAGGAAAGCACUAAGAGCCUUAAAGGGAUUGGUAAAGUUACAAGCACUUGUGAGAGGGUACUUAGUAAGGAAGCAAGCAACAGCAACACUACACAGUAUGCAAGCUCUAAUUAGAGCUCAAGCAACAGUAAGGUCUCAUAAAUCUCGUGGACUCAUCAACACAAAGAAUGAAACACAUAGAUCUCAAACACAAGCAAGAAGAUCCACGGAAAGGUACAAUGAGAGUAAUAGGAGUGAAUACACAGCAUCAAUUCCAAUCCACAGUAGAAGACUAUCAUCUUCAUUUGACGCUACAAUGAACAACACAAACAGUUAUGAAAUUGAGAGUCCAAAAAUAGUAGAAGUUGAUACUGGAAGACCAAAAUCAAGGUCUAGAAGAAGCAACACAUCAAUUUCAGAUUUUGGAGAUGACCCAUCAUUUCAAACACUAUCAUCUCCUCUUCCAAUCACUCCAUCUCAAUUAUUCAUUCCAAAUCAAAGAAAUUUCAACGAAUCAGAUUGGGGAAUAACAGGUGAAGAAUACAAAUUUUCAACAGCACAAAGCACACCACGUUUCAAAAACUCUUGCACUUGUGGUUUUAUUGCACCUUCAACACCUAAAACAAUUUGUGGAGACAAUUUUUACAUUGGUGAAUAUGGUGAUUUUCCUAAUUACAUGGCUAAUACACAGUCUUUUAAGGCUAAGUUAAGGUCUCAUAGUGCUCCAAAGCAAAGACCAGAACCAAAAAAGAGGGUUUCACUGAAUGAAAUGAUGGAAUCUAGAAGUAGUUUGAGUGGUGUUAGAAUGCAGAGAUCUUGUUCACAGAUUCAAGAAGCUGUUAAUUUUAAGAAUGCUGUUAUGAGGAAACUAGAUAGGUCCACUGAUUUUGAUGGAAAUUUUUCCAAUCAGAGGAAGUGGUGAUUUGUUAAGAAGCAUUUAUGAGAGAGCUAGUUUUCUUAUUGUUUAAGUAUUUAUUACUAUCACAUUGUUUUGAAUAGGAAAAUAGAUUAGCUCUCUAAUUUGCAGACAUAUAGUGGGUAGGAAACAGGGAACUUUAUCUUCCUACAUUUUCAGCGCAAGAGUAAUUAAUUAUCUUGAAUUUGUUUUUUAUAAUUUGUUUAGUAUAGUUUCACUUUUUUGUAUCUAAUUGAAAGAGAGGAGAUGAAAUUGUGUGAAAGAAUGGUAGUAGAAAAACAUGACCCAAA